AGGACCACACAGCGCCUCGUCCACCUCCUCUCCAUCGCCCGUCGCUCCAUCAUCCCCUCUCCCUCUCGCUCUCUCCUUCUCUGCCACUCAGAGUGCUGCCUCUGACCCGGAAUCGCCUUCCUUGCUGUCUGUGGCCUCCUCCCCCACUCCCCCAGCUUCGCCCCUCGCUUCACCCCCCCUGCCCUCCCUCCCGCCUCCCCACAGGCCGUCUCGACCAAAACCUCCCCUUCCGCUUCCCCCUUCCCCUCUAUUGAAGCCCUCUCCGCUCCCGUCUCGUCCUCCCGUCCCUCCGUCCAACCCUCCCUCUUCACUUCCGCCACCCCUCAAGCCCCAAGCUGUCCCCAAACCCUGCCCUCCUCAUGGUGGCGGUGGCAGUGGUGGUGAAAAAGUCUCCUCUCCUCUCUCCUCUUCUCCACCCAGCCCCCUCCCUCCCCCUCCCCUCCUCCCUUCCACACCUCCUCCUUCUCUCCCCCCCUCUCUCACUGCCACCCCAGCCCUCGUACCACUCUCCCCGCCGCUUUCUCCCCGCCCAACCACCUCUGCCUCUUCUAUGGCCUCCUUGAACCUCGCUCCCUCCCUUCCUCCUCCGGUGUCCCCUACUCUCUCUUCUUCUCCUCCUCCUCUGCCUCCCCUCUUGCCUGCUGUGCCUCAAACCCUGACCCCUGCAAAGGCCUCGGUUGGGACUCCUCCCACACUGGGUCUGGAAGACAAGCUGGUGGGAAGCACUUCAGUUUGGUGGCUUAAGGGAGUCGGCCCCGACCACAUUGCCAGCAUUAUGGAGAGGGAGACGGCUGGGGCGUUCCUGGUUCACAGCCUGGAGGAGCAGGCCAUGACUCUGUCAGUAUGUGUGUCUGACCGAGCAGCGGAUCCAUCCAUCCACCAUGUGAUGAUCAACCAGCACAAGACAUUUCUGCACUUGGAAGGCUCGUCCCUGAUUUUUGAUGACAUCUUCAAACUAGUUUCCUUUUACUGUGUCAGCAGGGACAUCCUGCCAGUCAAGCUAAGGUUACCCUGGGCCAUCAGCAGGGCAACCAAGAGGGAUGACCUAGACACCAUCUCAACUAUGGGAGCGGAUUUCUGGGCAUCUGCUCUGAACCUUCAGGCAGAGGAACAACCAGAUGGUCAGCGGGGGGCUUUGGAUCUGAACCAAAGUGGUCAGCCCAGUCUGUCAGCCACACGGGUUCUGCUGUGGUACAUCAACCCUGUUACCGUGGAGGAACACAUGGAUAACCUAAACCUUUCUGACAGUGAUCUGCAAAGCACAACCUCCUGCCUGGCUGUUGUCUCCAAACCUCGAAAUGUAGCCACAAGCUCAGCUCCAAAACUGGACAGUGCUCUCUCCAGCUCCUCGAGUAACCUGCAGGACAGGGAAAAUGACAAAAAGUCGGAGGUCAGGGCUUCGGGUAAGCUCCCCGCACCCAACCUGGAAGCCUUGCCACGCUACAAGCGGCCUCCUCCUCGACCCCCCAGCCUCAGCGCGGGGAUAGGUUCAGUUCCCUCCUCUUCCCCCGCUGUUAACAGUCCCUCCUCCCCAACACAGGCAGCUGACAGAAAAGAGGAAGGAAGUGGAGGAGAGAGGCGAGCCAGGGGAGGGGAGAGAGAAGAGAAGAAGUUGGUGUCGACAUCUUCCCCUCCAUCGAGGCCUCCGGUCCCAUCGCAGGGCAGAGUGGCUCCCCGUCUGCACGCUGCUCCCCGACAGCUCUCCGCUUCUAGGAAAUGCGCAGAGGGAACGGGGGAGAAAGAACGUACCCCUAAAAGUGGCCAAGGAGAAGAAGAAAGAGAAAGAGGAGAGGGGGAAAAUAAAGAGACUUUGUCAACCUCGAUGGAAGACGCUGUGAAACAGGAGAACUCCCCUGGUGGUAGUGAGAGGGAGGAGGGAAAGGAUGAGAGACAGGUGAAAACUGACAAAGAGAGUGAGGAGGAGAUACCCAAAUCCAGCUCUGACUUCCAAGCGAUGGGUAAGAAGCCUUUACGUCCGGUCCCACCCCCAAGAAGGAAACAACCUGCCCAGCCCGCAUCGUCACUGAGUCCCAUUGGAGGAGGGCCACCCAAUCAAUCCGCUGGGACAAGACCAGCCGUGCCCACCAAACCACGGCCAGAUGUCUCCCUAUACUCGCCUCAGGGAGGUGCAGUGUUGGGAACUGACCCGGACUCCUGCUCCAACAGCAGCACAGAGGAAGAUGGAGAGCCAAACCAGGGACAGGAACUAAAUCAGGGUCGAGGCUCAGACAGCCGUAGCCCCAAGGUUGCAGUGAAGAGAACCCCCACCACCGUAAUUUUGGACCGUGCCCGUCACAGACUCUCCACUGUUCUCACCGGGCUCAUCAGUCACGACCGCCGCCUCACCCAACGCAUAGUAGAGCUAGCUAGGGACCCUAUGAGCUACUUUGGUAAUCUGGUUAAAGAACAUCGCACGUUCACCUUGGAGACCAUGUCCCGUCACACCUCCUCCACUGAGCUGUUACAGGAGAUCAGACAGAUGGUGACUCAGUUAAAGAGUUACCUGCUGCAGAGCACAGAGCUGCAAGUCAUGCUGGAGCCCCAACAUCAAUAUACACAAGAAAAGCUAGAAACCAUCGUAGAAGCAGCUCUUUGUAAGAGUGUGUUGAAGCCACUAAGAGAGCCCAUUUACCGUAGUCUGGAGAAACUUCACAAGGACGAUGGCGGUCUGCAACAAUUAUCACAGAACCAGUCUCUGGUCCUGGGCAGUACCACCACUGCUUUGGGUGUAACCACCGCGGUGCCUGAAGCCCCGGCUUUGGAGAAAAUUGGCGGUAAACUGAAUAGUCUUCACCUGGAGUACUCUCCUCAGAGGAAGAUAGAGCUUCUGCUGAAGACCUGCAAGAUUAUAUAUGACUCCAUGUCUGUCAGCUGUCAAGGGCGCAGCCACGGUGCUGAUGACUUCCUGCCCGUGAUGAUGUACGUGCUGGCCAGGUCCAAUCUGGCUGACCUGCAGCUGGAUGUUGAAUACAUGAUGGAGCUGAUGGACCCCUCGCUGACACUAGGAGAAGGCUCCUAUUAUCUGACCACCACAUACGGGGCUCUGGAACACAUUAAGAACUUUGACCAGCAGAGGGGAGCAACGCGACAGCUCAGCAGAGAGGUUCAGGAUUCGAUUCACAGCUGGGAGCGAAGACGCACUCUUAACAAGGAGCGCAUGGCCUUGGGAUCUAUACAAGACUUCCUGACAGUGUGCUGUCCUCAGAUGGGGCAUAACAUGAAGACUAUGGGCGUUGCACCAUCCACUACCAUCCAGCAGCUGGAAGAGCAGUGCGCUGCUCGUUUUGAACAGGACUCCUACACUCUGAGUGUAUGCGUGGAGGGGGUUUAUCAGCCCCUGGCCCCCACAGAGCUGGUCCUCGCAAUCAAGAACAGCUUAACACAGGGGUCAUACUGCUUUGUCUAUCAUCCCAGCCAGCAGGGUGACAGCGAGGCUGCUCCCUUCAGUCCGGUUGAUGAGCCACUGCUCCAUCGCCCUGCAGAAAGCUGCUGUCCUGACAGCGGCACAGCUCUCAGCAGCAACACGGCUGAGGAGGAAGACCACAGCCUGAUAAGUUUGUAACUGGUUUCCCCCGUUGACCUAGCAACAGCAUCGUCAGGACCGCUGUAUUGCUACAGUAACUACAUCACCGCCUUUGCAAACCAAAGUUGACUCCUUGACCGAAGUGACUAUAUAACCUAAAAGUGACCAGCAGCCACCUCUGGGAAAAAGAUGCCAAAGAGACCACAGACUGUUCCUUUUGAUUUCUGAAUAGCAGUUUUACACAUGAGGGCCCAUGGGGCCACCAGAGGAUUUCGUGCAGCAGUAGUGGGGAUAUGAUGAUUAAAAUAUCAUUUACAAUGUAUUAUUCUAAUAUGCACUCAUAUUAUGUUAUAUUAUUAUCAUGGUGCAAGUCCAUUAAUACUGGGACGGCAUCCAGCGCUGUACCUGCGCCCCCGACCACUGGGUUAGUGGUUGUGUCAGGAAGGGCAUCCCACGUAACAUUUUGCCAAAUCAGUAUGCGACAAGACCAUACUGGUUCAGUCGAGGCCGCCAUUGGUGCUGUACCCUCACAGGGUACUGAAGGAAACUAUAAAAUCCUCUUGUGGCGACCCCUGAAAAACAGGGAACAAGCUGAAAGAAGAAGAAGAAGAAGAUUAUGAUGUUUAUAUCUCAUAGUAUUUUAUACACAUAAGCACAAUUUCCAUCCCAUAGUUUUUUCCCGCUUCCGGUGUGGGAAGACGGCGGCGCGAAUUCACAUUUGCAGCGGCCUCACCCAGUACCGGAGUGGGAAGACGGCGGCGCAAACUUUGGUUUGCGGCGGCCUCACCCAGUACCGUCCAUGCAGUGUCUUUGUCCACGUCUGCGUCUAGGUUCGUGUUUUCGUUUGAUGGCUGGGAGAGCUUGGUCUGCUGCGUCCUGCGGGCCCAGGGACCACGGCCCUGCCUGGAGCUGUGUCCACAGACGAAACACCGAGGGCGGUCUGGCAGGAUGUAGAAGCGGGGCAGGCUGAGCUAACCGCUAGCCCGUGCAGACUGGCAGUUCCGAUAACACCGAGGGCGGUCUGGCAGCGGCCUCGCCUGGCGUUGACUGUGUUUUUGGUGUUGUCGUGUGGAGCGCAGGGAGGUAUGUUGAAGGUGUCUGGCUGGGAGGCCUGGCGUUGGAUCGGCUGAGGUAGCCUGGUCUGCCGCAUCCGGUGGGCUCAGGGACCAUGGUCCUUGUUGGAGCUGCGCCCAAGGAGGAAACACCGAGGGCGGUCUGACAGGAUGUAGAAGCGGGGCAGGCUAAGCUAACCGCUAGCCCAUGCGGACCGCCAGAUCCGACAGUCAUCCUUGCUCUCUUGGACAGUGAAUUUUUCUUUUUCUUUAAAUGCUUUGGAUAUAUGUGUUGGUGUAGUUUGGAUGUGUUUGUGUCUUUGUGUUGCCCUGCUGUGGGCUGGGGGGAAAUAUGUCGUUUCAUUUCAUGAGCGCAGGCGCAUAAAACGAAACGGAACAACUAAAACGCUCCUGACUGCUGAUAUAAUGAGCUGUGGACUGACUCGUUGUGUGUAAUGGGAUUGCUGUAAGGCACAAUAUUAUAACUCUAAUUCGUUUCCUGACAGAAGUAGCCACAGUAGGAGAACCACCGUUACUUUGUGAACCAUCGAGUCUUCUCCUUGUCUGAAAGGUAAAGGGCAUUUCGCUAGCGUAUUCUGAAAACAGUCGUUGUUUAUGGGACUUAAAACUCAGGUAAUUGGUCAUUUGUAAGGAUUUUUUUUUUAACCCUCCCACCCAUAGCAACAUUUAUACUUUGUAAUAUUUUCAACUUCACUCCUAAAAGUCCAUUAAGAUAUGAGCAACUUCCUUUCAUAAAAUUGGUUUUCUUUUCACUGAUAAUUAUGUUGUAAAUAAAUUUCAC